AUGACAGCGUUACGGACGGAAUCUGCGUGGGCCAAUCAGAGCCCAUCACCACCGAGUUAUCUGCCAGUACCUGGAACGGGCCUAACGGAUGAAUUGAAUUUCUGGCAACGAACGUAUAAUAUGGCUUCGUAUUUACGAGCCAUAUUCGUGCAUCAGCAUCUUAUUCUGAGACGCAUCGAUAGACUAUUCCAGGUAUUAUUUUAG